UCACCAGUUUGUGAGGAUGGAAAAUUAACAGCAGCACUAUGAGCGAGCUUUUCCUUUCUACAUUUGCAAUUUUUCAGCCAACAUGUGUGUAAAGAAGGAAAAAAGCGUUACCGGAUGAUGAUUUAGCUGGUUCUCAUUUUGAUGGUCAUCGAUACAACAGCAAAUCUCAAGUCUCAAACUGAUUCACGAUUUGAAAGAACAUAUAGGUGCAAUUUUAAAGUUGCAAUUACAGAUUUGAACAAAACUUCUCCUGAAGCCAUAAGUUGCAAAAGGGUGUCGAUUUUUAACCUUCUUUGAGAAUGGGUGCCAACGGAUUUCAUGGAAAUAUCAACCACAUAGGAACCUUUAUUGAAUUUCGAACUUCACGGCAGAAAGAGCAGAUUGAAACGUGUAUGACUUUCUACUUUAGUGGUGCUAGACAUCUGACAAUUGUUGCAAGGCUUGAAUUCUCCGGAAGUCUUCCUCCUCAUUUUUGAAUGGUGAGAAGAGCAACUGGUACACAGGAAAAGGAAAGAGAAUUGUUUUAUUUCAUAUAGUUUGAUGUUGUAAUUACAGCUUUAAACAUAACUCCUCUGAUACCAAACAAUAAGCGGCAUAAAGGUGUCAUUCUUUGUGACUGGGCGGAAACGGAUUUAAUGGCAAUCUCAACAAACAUCUUGUAUCAUUGGAAAAAGAAAGUGAAUUGUAGACAAAUAAAUACGUUGUAUUUGACCGUUAUCUUGACGAAGGAAAUGUAAGCAAAGAUCAAAAGAGGCAGUACUUUCUUUCACUGGCUGACUGUACAAACUUGUAUUUUGAUGACGUGUGUUUCUUUUUGUGUCAAAUUUUCUAACAUCAUAAUUAAAUCCCGGUAUUCGCUAUAAGCCAAAGUUUUCUGCAUUCAUAACCUGUACAACUUUUCAUUUUCAUGAGCUUUUCUUCCCCCUUCAAUAUUUGUCUUACUUGUCAGCCAUCUGUUCAGAGCCAGAAGGAUAUUAACUCUAUUCAUUAUCACACAGUUAGAGCCCAUCUGGCUAUAAACAGACAUAACUAGCUUCUAGUAUACGACGAGCCAACAUGGAUCAGUCGCAGGAACUUAAAUAUGUAUUUGUUAUCUUUAUUGCACUGUUCCCAUUAACAAGAAGUUAUUCUGAGCCAUUAUCGAGAAGUGGUUCUUUUGUCACGGGUACUGAGGAAGAAGCCGUGCAACUUGAAUUUCCAUACCCAUGUGACAGCAACAAAGUCACUAUACAGAGUGCAAAUAGAGCUCCAUUUUACAAUUCCGAAGAGCCAGAAUAUCUAAGUUUGCCCGUUUACCAAUUACAUAGGUUCAGUGUGACAAAUGAGAAUUGUUCGGUUCAGGUUGAAAUAAAUCCUGUAAAUAAAAAUGACGAAGCAACAUACAUUUGCCAAGCAUACAGGGAUGGUGCCACUCAGAGCGAGUUAACAAGGAUACGGUUAAAUGUCAAUUAUCCUCCUGGUGAUGUAUCUUGUACCUUCAGUAUCAACGGUGGUGCAGUUGGUGACUGGUUUCCACUGCAAUGUAUGGCUCCUGUUGGCAGUAUGGCUGGGGGGAUUUACUGCUACCAAGAUUCUAAGAGAUUGCCUCCACAGAGUGGAUCUGUUGAAAAUGGUGAAACUUUGAAACAAACCAUUUGGGCAAGAAAAGAAUAUCCUGUAUUUUGUUGUUCAGCUAUCCUUGAUCGACCGAAAGACAGGUGCGAUUGUGCAGGUUUUGUGUGGAAUCCCAUGGAGAGUAUUUCUCACACAAAAAACGUCUUAGACCCUUGCCCUGCUACCACACCAGGCCCUGUUGUAACAUUAUCCCAAUACCCAGAAAGAGAAGUUGAAGAAAUCUCCCAGCUUCCCCAACUCAUAGAAUCACUAAACCUGACUGAUACAAACAAGGAUAAGUCUACUGCUAAUAAUAUUACAAUAUUAUGGGGAUGUGUAACUGCCAUUCUGGUAAUGAUUAUGGUUAUUAUUCUAAUACGUCUCUAUAUGGUUGAGAAAACCAACAAGCAAUUAAUAAAAUGUCAUAGUGCAAACAUUAACCAACAUAUGAAAAAUAUGGAAGAGAAUGAGUCGUCUGAUUUACCAGAGAAAAAACGUUUUCUUCACAGACAAAGCGAAAAAACGUCCAAGUACUAUUAUUACUAA